AUCAGCAUAAAAUUUUUGGCAGAAGAAUUAGUACAAUCUCAAAGGAAUCAUAGAAGUCUCUAAUUAUGUCAUUUUCUUACUGCUAGAUAAAAAGGUUUUUCACUCUUAGCCUCUGAUUUCUCUCUCUCUCUUUUGCUGUCUCUCACUUUCUCUCUGUAUGCUCUCUCUCACAUGUACAGGAAUACGCACUUCAUUUGCGAUCUCCUUGUUUUGAAGGAUUCAAUUCACGUCCUCCAGAGCGUCAAGUCGGCAGGCGUCUCUUUAUGGUUUUGUAAUGAUUAACUUUGUGUCCAUAAAAAGAUUGGAGAAACAAAGAACUCUGGGACGAGCAAAAGAAGAACUGACGAGAAAAAAACAUCCUUCACAGUGAAAUGCAGGACGGUUAACAAUGGAGUUCACAGUUUUGCUCUUCCUUUUUCCUGCGUUUACGCUCACAAUGCAAGACUCAGUAAAAUUGGAGGUGAGCCCCAAGAUACUGGCAGAGUGUGGCAAACCAGUUUCUCUUCACUGCAACUCAUCAUCACCUCAGCUUGGACUGUCAGUGAAAUACAUGGAGUGGUCCCAUGGCAACAUGUCUUUAUGCUCAGUGGACAGCGAACAAACAAUAACGAAAUUGCAAAGACACUUUCAAAGUGACUUCGACUGCAAGUACGAAGAUGGACGACUAUCCCUGGUGUUUGAAAGAAUGCUGCCUCUGCAGAGCGGACAAUACAGGUGCAAAUUGCGCUCCAACAAAGGAGUGGCAAAUGAAUGCACAAAGGUGCAGCUGCAAGAGUUCUGUGGGAAAGUGGAAGCUGUUUUAAGGAGUGAUGGUCCAUCCUGCAUCUUCAACCACGUCUAUCCAGACGGAGAUGUGUACUGGUUUCAUGACUCUCGUAACGUCUCAGAUGGGUCCGUGAUGCAGCACACAGCUAAAAGCAUCGAUAGCCACGGCUGGAUGAUCAUACACAGUUGGUUGACCCUAAACGGUACAUCAGAGAGAAGUUCACACAAGCCAUAUAACUGUUCUUUGAAAAGUUCUACUUCUGGGAAAUACAUUGCAAGUACUUUAGUUCAGAAACAUCAACAUCGGGCUGCUCAAGGUGCUGCAGGGUACAACCGUUCUGCAGGAAACAGAGAGAGAUCACAGCAAGCUGGGAAGAUUGCUUUGGCUAUUUUAGUCCCUCUCAUUUCCAUGUUAAAGUAA